CAUAUGUCGUAUGUUUUGUAUAACCAAAAACCAUACUGUGUACGAAAAUAAAAAUGACUGAUUACGCGCCUAUCAAACAUAUACAGUGAGAAUAGAAUAAUUUAUGCUUAUCUAUUAUGAUCAAAUGCUCGAGGUCUUUGACAAAAACUUGUUAACAGUAAUAGCUCUCAUUAGUGAUAUGUGAAUUAAACAACAGGAUAAUUUUCUAGGUCAGAGGGAAUGGCACUGGAACUUAUUGCCUGUCUGUUAUACUUAUUGCAUCCGGCGCUAGGUUUACAGAAUCCUGACAUUUAUGGAAACCAGUGUGGAUUGCCUAUGUUCGAGCCCACUUCGUUAAGUCAACAGACGCCCUUAGGAAAGCGGAUUGUUGGUGGAACGGAAGCGAAUCCCGGAUCAUGGCCUUGGAUGGUGAUGUUGAAGAAGAAUGGAAGGAUAAAAUGUGGAGGAAGUAUACUGGAUUCUCAUAUUAUACUAACUGCAGCACAUUGCUUAUAUAGUGAUAGGAAAUACGAUGAAUGGCAGGUUUUUGUCGGCAAACAUCAUACAAAUGUGAAAGAUAAAAACGAGCAAUCUUAUACAAUAUCAAAGUUUAUACCACACGAAAGGUUCGACAGGAAUACUUUAAUGAAUGAUAUAGCCUUGAUUGUGUUGAAGGAACCAAUUAAGUUUAACCCUUAUGUACGACCAAUAUGUCUGCCUCAAAUGAACCAGCCAGAAUCAGAUCAGUGUUACACAACAGGGUGGGGAGAAACGAAAGGAACUGGAUAUGCAGAUGUACUGAAAGAAAUCCCACUUGCUCCAAAAAUGAAAUUUUUUUGUCGCAAUCUUUUAAAAAAAUUAGGAAGAUCACAGUUACGAAACAUAUUUUGUGCCGGGUACCAGAACGCGGACGCCUGCUCUGGUGACAGUGGCGGACCUUAUAGUUGUAGAAUUGAGGGAAGAUGGUUUGUGAAAGGAGUCGUUAGUUUCGGGCCAGAUUGUGGACAGCCAGGCUGGACAGGUGUUUAUGUCAAUGUUAUGCCAUACUUGUCAUGGAUCAAAAAUCAUAUAAAUCAAUCAAUAUAAUUAUCAAUCAAGCGUUUUCAUGAAUGAUGUGGUUCACAUGUGCACUAAAAUGUGCACAUUGUUUUUUCCAAUAUUGUGACACUUGAAAAGUCCUAAAUGAAAUUGAAAUAAAUUGAUAAUAAUUUUAUGCAAAAUCUUUUGCCUUGUUAAUAAUAAAUGUAAUAAAAUAUCAUGAAUAUCUAUAGUCUGGUAAAAAUUUCAUUAGUCACACAAUAUAAACUGCAUUUAACCUCAAAAAAAGUAAAAAUAUCAUUAUAUAUGUAGAGGGCUGUUAAACUAUAUAAAGUUCUGAUGAGUUAUACUAUGUAUAACGAUCUUUUUAUGACACUGUACUUUUAUAAAUGGCUUCAUUUUAAUUAUAUAAGUAUAUUAUUAUAUAAGUACUUAUUGCAUAGCCCAUGGGCUUUGCUGUUAUACAUUUUGUACCUUGGGUUUAAAUGUAUUUUGAAGCAAUAAAACAUUUUGUACUAAACUCAAUGUGAAAAUGUGAAUGAUUGCAAAGUCAAUUCACAUUUAAUUGCGGCUUGUUUUCUUAACAUAUUAUUCAUGCCACGGCAUUGAUACAUCAUUCAUAUUCUUUAAUGAGGGAGGCAGCAGGGAUAUGGUGUCACAUUUUGAAACGGUCGUGGAUCGAACUUUCAGCUAUCAUUAUUGUGAACAAGCAUGCAGCCAUUAUGCUGCUUAAGGACACUUAAUUUUCAAUAUUUAUUCACACAAAUAUUCCUUGCAUAAUAUUUGUAAAGUCUGUGACGAAAACAAUUAAGCCGAUUGGAACUUUUUGUCUCGAUUUACUUCACGCCAGCUACAUCCCGGAAAUACUUCCUGUCAGAUAUUCAUUACUGAUGAUAUUCUGUAUAAUAUUUUGUAAAAAAAUCAUCUCUCUUGUGUCAAUUCUCAACUUUCAAAUACUGUACUUCACAAAUAGAAUGUCUUCAGAAAUCCAACACAGAGUGGUGUUAAGUAAAGAACAAAGUUGAUUUUUACAAACAGAGUAACUCAUAUGGAAUGUUCCACCAUCUGUCAUGAUCAAUUAAGUAUGCAAAUGUGGUAAAACGAUUGUCUGAAAUUAACAUUGAUAAUAUCAUAAUAAUAAAGUGGAAUACAAAUGUA